AUGAAAACCUAUGAAAAAUUAAUUAUUUUUUUUGUAGUUUGUAGUGUAGCAAAUGGAUUCCAUUCGAAGUUAAAAAAAAAUUCUCCUUUAUUCAUUGUGCAAAAUACAAACGGCAACGAGGAUUUUGUAUGCCAAGGUGUAUUGAUUAGUCCAAGUUUGAUUCUUAGUAUAGGAGAUUGUGCAAGAAGUUUAUACUUCUCGUCCAAUAACAGCGACACCUACGUCUACGACAAUUCAUUAAAUCGAAAAUACAUAAGAAGAAAUGACUAUUACUUUAUCCGUAACGUCGCAUUGAUUAAGACAGAAGAUUCAGUAGUUAAAGAAAAUCCUGAUGACUAUAUUUUUAAAUUAGCGAGUGAUGUUGAGGAUAUCGAUUACACUAAAUGCAAGCUCCAGUCAAUAGAAUCAGACAUCAUUAAGGAUUAUUCCUGUGCUUUAGAAAACAACCUUCAAAAUGUAACCAAAAUGGGGCAUCACAAUUAUAUUCAUUGUGCACUUAUUGACCACGAUAACAUAAAGUACGGAGAUCUUCUGACAUGUUCAAGAAAAAAUUCUAAAGAAAUGGUUUUAGUGGGAUUCGAGUAUCACAUUUACUAUAAAUGGAGCUAUAAAUACCCUACUGAGCCGAUAAGCAUGCAGUUUAUAAAUUUAUCCAAUUUAGGAAUGAUUAUCAGGCAUAGACUGAAUUCACUUCGGUGGAUGUACGAAAAAGACUUUUUCCUUAAUGCUGAAAAUAUCAGAAUUUUUUCGAUACUAAAUAUGUUUAAAGAGAAUUAA